AUGUUAGAUCCACCAAAGCCGCGAGAACCGGACGAAGGCGACGUUGGAAAAACGGAAGUGAACAUACCGUUUGUGCCGAAACAGGAAUUGAGUGACGGUGCCCCAGUCACUAAGUAUCAAGUGAUAGUCAUGGAACUUACAGAUGGACAAGAUCAAGGGAAAUCGUCAGAUCCAAAAUAUGCUAAAGUCACCAGAAAAUAUGAAGAUCGAGUGGCAGGGGAACCAUACGUUACGGCUGAAUUUGCAAACAAUAACGAGAAGAGGACAUCAUUUCCUGUUGGAGACGGGAAGUACUACUCUACGGAAGGUGUUACUGACGCCAAAAGGAAGCGCAGAAAAGUCGUGGAAAAGUUUCUCAAUGGCAAGCUCGACGAUGGAGCUAAGUACGUUGCAUUUCAGCGGUCGUUCGACAAAGAGGGUGAUUAUGAGAGUGAAGGAUUCGUUGACUUUGAAACCAACAAGGACCACACAGUUACAAUCGUGGUAGUGGUUGUUCUAAUUGUUAUCAUAACUGCAUGUAUAGCAGUGGGAAUUUUCGUCUAUCGUCGACGACAAAGCAGCCCUCGCAAUGGCGAGGAAGAGAUGGCCCUAAGACCUCAAAAACGUGGAAGAACUCUAUCAAAAAGAAUCCUUGGUCGUGGAUCAGGAGCCUUCGACAACCCCGCCCACAAUCCUGGGGAAGCAGUGCCAGUGGAGGAAUUUGAAGAACACGUGCGACGUUUGCACGCCAAUGGCGAUCUCUUGUUUUCUCAAGAGUAUGGUGCUCUAAAGCCUCAAGCCGAAUUCACUUGGAAUGCGACUCUGGCUCAGGAAAACAGGCACAAGAACCGUUACAAUAACGUAGUUGCAUACGACCACAGCCGAGUCAAAUUAUCGCACAUACAAGGUGUACCAGGCUCUGAUUACAUCAACGCAAACUUUCUUGAAGGCUAUCAGAAAAAGAGGGCGUACAUCGCUUCACAGGGACCCCUCCCAGAGACCGAAGAUGACUUCUGGAGAAUGAUCUGGGAACAAGAUUCAAAGAUCAUCGUUAUGGUGACGAAUUUGGAAGAGCGAGGUCGUAUAAAAUGCCACCAAUACUGGCCGUCGGAGGGUGGAAAGGCUUAUGGUGACAUUCAAGUAACGCUAAUGCAGAUAGUGGAGCUCAGCGAUUUCACAAUCCGUACUUUCACUCUAAAGAAAGCCAAUAGCAGAAGUGAAAGAACUCUACAUCAGUACCAUUACACAGUAUGGCCAGAUCAUGGUGUCCCUUCUUGUCCUACUUCACUUCUCACGUUUGUUAAGAAGGCGUCUGGUGCUAAUCCAGCAGACGCAGGGCCCAUGGUUGUUCACUGCAGUGCUGGGGUUGGCAGAACUGGUACUUUCAUCGUGGUGGAUGCCAUGUUACAAAGUAUUGCUGCAGAGAAAACAGUAGAUGUCUUUGGAUACGUUAUGACAUUACGACGUGACAGAAAUAUCAUGGUCCAGGUGGAGGAGCAAUAUGUUUUUAUUCACGAAGUUCUGUUGGAGGCCAUUCAUUCUGGAUACACUGAGAUACGAGCGAAUGAUCUUAGAUCCCACAUGAAGCUCCUAAUGCAAGUCAGUCCUUCAACUGGCCAAACUGAAAUGGAUGAAGAGUUCAUCCGUUUGGGUCGCGGUAAUACUCCGCAAACCAAGUUCCAGGCUGCCAACAUGGGCUACAACAAGACAAAGAAUCGUUAUGCAAACGUGUUAGCCUUUGAUGAUACUCGGGUCAAACUAAGUAUGAUCACUGGCAUAGAAGGUUCCGACUACAUCAAUGCUAACUUCAUUGAUGGCUACAUGACUCGAAGAGCAUUCAUUGCAACACAGGCUCCCAUACCAGACACUAUUCCGGACUUUUGGCGUAUGAUCUGGGAACAAGAGUCCUCCACCAUAGUAAUGCUCUCGAAAGAGACUGAAAGUGGCAAGGUCAAGGUACAUCGUUACUGGCCUGCAAAACAGCCGGCGAAUAUCGGUACUCUGGUAGUGGAAAUGACUAAUGAGAUGGUUUAUGAGGAUUACACAAUGCGUGAAAUAAAACUCACCAAUACCAAGGAGAGUGCUUCGCGAGUUGUCCGUCAGUAUCAUUACACUGGUUGGCCUGAUGUUGGGUCUCCAGAAUCUGGUACAGGAUUAAUCGAUCUCAUUGGUCAGGUACAAAGGUGGCAGCAGAAUUCAGGAAAUACAACUAUCACUGUACACUGCAGCGCUGGAGUGGGUCGCACCGGAGUGUUCUGCGCCCUCAGUAUUUUGAUCGAGCGGUUAAAGAGUGAAGGUGUGGUGGACGUCUUCCAGACUGUGAAGCAGCUGAGAGCUCAGAGGCCCGCUAUGGUUCAGACAAAGGAUCAAUACGAGUUCAUUUACUCUGCUCUCAGUGAGUAUUUGGACUCCUUUGAUGCCUACAGUAAUUUCGAGUAGCUGACAUGGUUGAAGAGAAUCAACCUCAAGGAAAUAAUUACAACUGACCAUCAAGGUGGAAAGAGGAAAGGGCAAGAACAAUUUUCUAUUUUUGUAUUAAGCAAAUUAGUAAUUUUCUUCAAAAAGAUUCCAGUUGGCCUUCACCGGUUGUAAACAUGAAUUAACUGACUGAAAACGAAUACUUAAAGUAACUGGUAGUUUUGUAAACGUCACGUGCUCCUCUAAGAUAAAAGAAAAUGAACGCUUUCCCUUUUCAGAAUAAAAACUUGUCGAGAUCGUUGUAGGAAUUAGAAACCAUUAAUAGCUUUGUGGUUAUGAUACAGAUGUGUCGUCAAAAUAAUAACAUUCACUUAAGACGUGCCAUAGAUUUUUUUGUUUCUAGCAUUAUGAAAAUUGCAAGAAUGUUUUUUAAUAAAUGAAAUAGAUAAAUUUAUGCGAACUUCGCAAAUUAUAGGUGAAAAAUUGUUUAGCUUUUAGAGAAGUAUUUAUUAGCGCGAAUCAAUUACAAAAAAGUGUGUUCUCUCAUAAAAGGAAUAUAACUUUUCACUAAGCCAUUAACGUUCUUAAUGCAGUCAGUUAAUAUCCAUGCUGUUCUCUGAGAAAUUACUGGGAAUUUUUUUCAAUAUCUUUAUAUAGGUGGCUUAAUAGUUCAGCAAUUUUGUAACGAGCGUGUGUAGAUAGACUUUUGAAAUUCUUGUUAAAAGAAAUAUAAUCAAUUGAUUAGGUAGCUCAGAUAAUUUGACACACUGUGAACCAAGCCCUGAAAAAACGUGGUAGAGAAAUAUUUCUACUAUUUAAAAUUUCUUGGCAUGGUUUGCAGUAAUCAGAAUAAACAGAAACAGACAUGCUAUUCUUUUUUUUAUGAACAACUUGACCAGGGCUCAAUAGAAACAAGUAUAAAAAUUAAUGUUAAAAUAGGGAAAAGUUCUUUAGUGUGGUAAAAAGCAGAGAACUUUGGUCAACUUAGUCUGACGUAAUUUUUUUAUUUUAUAUUUAUAUUUUUGUAAUUUAAACAAGACUUUUUCUUAAAUGGUAUCAUAAUAGGCUGUACUUGUGAUUUUUUUUAAUGUUGCAGAAUUUAAAAAGCAGCUUCUGUUGCCAAGGUCACCUCUGCAAAAUUGACCAAUCCAAUUGAAGGAAAAGGGCAAAUAAUUUUGAUUUAAAAGUUUGUCGUCUUUGCCAGUUAAGUGAAUUUCGGUGAAAUAUUUUUUUUAUUCGUCUCCAGGUGGUGAUUAGUCAGUUUGAUUCAGGUGACCCUAGUAAUAAUAAAAUAACCAAUGAUAUUACAAAAAGCUAUAAUUGAAUUAAGUGAUUUGCUAGAUAGGAGCAGGAUUCGACACCCUGUUAACAAUACAAGAUAUGCUUACAGCAAUUAUAAUAUUAUAUGCUCAAAUGUGAUUUUAAUCGCAGGGUCGCUGACCAAAUUUGACAAAUAUAUAUAUACCUUGUUUUAUAAA